GAGCGUACAGGGACCAAGUGAGCCUGCCUCCUCUUCUUCGUUAGCCAAGUAGAGAGAGCCAGCGAGCGAUGGCGCCCACCGUGAUGGCGUCCUCCGCCACCUCAGUCGCUCCCUUCCAGGGGCUCAAGUCCACUGCCGGACUCCCCGUUAACCGCCGCUCCAGCAGCUCCGGCUUUGGCAACGUCAGCAACGGUGGAAGGAUCAAGUGCAUGCAGGUGUGGCCAAUUGAGGGCAUCAAGAAGUUCGAGACACUAUCCUACCUGCCGCCGCUCACCACGGAGGACCUCCUGAAGCAGAUUGAGUACCUCAUCCGGUCCAAGUGGAUUCCUUGCCUCGAAUUCAGCAAGGUCGGGUUCGUCUACCGUGAGAACGCCAGGUCUCCCGGAUACUACGACGGCCGCUACUGGACCAUGUGGAAGCUGCCCAUGUUCGGCUGCACUGAUGCCACCCAGGUGCUCAAGGAGCUCGAGGAGACCAAGAAGGCCUACCCCGAUGCCUUCGUCCGCAUCAUCGGCUUCGACAACGUCAGGCAGGUGCAAUGCAUCAGCUUCAUCGCCUACAAGCCACCAGGUUGCGAGGAGUCCGGUGGCGCCUAAGCUCAGUUAGGCUUGCUCAUGUAUGAGCAACCAUGAAGUGUCUGUUCGGUUUUGAUUCUGGUCACCUCGAUGUCUUUCUUCUUUUUCUUGGUUGUUUCUGCUGUAUCCAUGGCCUGCUCAUGUAUGCGAUCUCUCCCUACAACCCGUGAGUUACCUACGUAGGACUACUACAACUAUCGUUGGGUGAGGAACAUGUGAAUGCAAGCUCCGGCUAUACACAGAUAUGUAAUAUGGAUACGAGAGUAUAUCUGCCAAUCCGUCGACAAUAAUAGAUCGUGUUAAUUCCUGGUGUUUUUAUCUUGACUAUGCAUCUCUAAUAAUAAAGUUUCGUGUUUUUCCAUGUA